AUGGAAGCAGUGCAAGGAGUCAGUUUGCUUCUACAUCAUACAUGGAAGGACAAUUAUAGGAUACAACUGGAGAGAAGCAGCGUUGAAUUUCUGUUAAAAAUGGGAAAUUCUAAGGUGUUUUUAAGCGCUGGCAGAAAAGGAAGACAGAAAAAGCUAUGUGAUGAUCUGGAGGAAAACCAUUCCAGACUGAAAGAAAGCACAGAGCACAGACCUGGAGAUAAGCUGAAUUUGAUGUGCUCAUCAGACAUCCAAGCAGAGGCAGAGCCUGGAGCUCAGAGGAGUGGUACAACUGAGCAGAGUCACUGGUAA